AUGGCGCUCGGCGAAGUCGGCCCUGGUGAUAAUAUCGGGUUGUUGGCGUCGAAGCUGUCAUCGACACCCAUCCGAGGGCAGUUCUAUGGCGUUGCAGCCGCGUGGGGAAAGGUAGGCGCUUUCGUUGGGACAUACAUCUUCCCAAUCCUGAUCGAUGCGGCGGGCGAUGAUGCGACGAAGCAAGGCCAGUACCCCUUCUGGGUGUCGAGCAGCUUGUGCAUCUUCAGUGCGGUGGUUGCAUACUUUGGGCUGCCAAAUGUCGGUCAAGAUAUGAUCGAGGAGGAAGAUAAUCGCUUCAAGGCGUAUCUGGAAGAACACGGAUAUGAUACGAGUCAGUUGGGCACGAAGAAAUACAGGGAUGAGAUGGCUGCGGCGUUGUGA